CCGCCUGCGGUAGAUGUGCUGAGGCUGGAGUAGCCACCAUUUUGCAUGUCUAGUGUGUUCCUCCCUCCAUUGCUAAUAGAGACGAUUCCAGUCAUUUUCUGGCAUCAUUACGGCUAAGAAUGCCAGCUCCGAUCAGACUGCGGGAGCUGAUCCGGACUAUCCGGACAGCACGGACCCAGGCAGAGGAGCGUGAGAUGAUCCAGAAAGAGUGUGCUGCUAUCCGCUCGUCCUUUAGAGAGGAAGACAAUACGUACCGUUGCAGAAAUGUCGCAAAGUUGCUUUAUAUGCACAUGUUGGGCUACCCAGCGCACUUUGGACAGUUGGAGUGUCUGAAGCUGAUUGCAUCCCAGAAGUUCACUGACAAACGAAUAGGUUAUUUGGGAGCUAUGCUGCUUUUGGACGAGAGGCAGGAUGUCCAUCUCCUAAUGACAAAUUGCAUUAAGAAUGAUUUGAAUCACAGCACACAGUAUGUCCAGGGCCUGGCGUUGUGUACUUUAGGCUGCAUGGGUUCUUCAGAAAUGUGUCGUGACCUGGCAGGAGAGGUCGAGAAGCUGCUUAAAACGUCCAACUCCUACUUAAGGAAAAAGGCGGCAUUGUGCGCCGUACAUGUCAUCAGGAAGGUCCCAGAACUCAUGGAAAUGUUCCUUCCAGCAACAAAAAACCUGCUGAGCGAGAAGAACCACGGUGUUCUCCAUACAUCAGUUGUCCUCCUCACUGAGAUGUGUGAAAGAAGUCCUGACAUGCUGGCCCACUUCAGAAAGAAUGAGAAGCUUGUUCCACAGUUGGUGAGAAUCCUGAAGAACCUAAUAAUGUCUGGAUACUCUCCUGAGCAUGAUGUGUCAGGCAUAAGUGACCCUUUCCUGCAGGUGCGGAUAUUGAGACUACUGCGAAUUUUAGGCAAGGGUGAUGACGACUCCAGUGAAGCAAUGAAUGACAUUCUUGCGCAGGUUGCUACAAACACGGAGACGAGUAAAAAUGUAGGCAAUGCAAUCCUGUACGAGACUGUACUGACUAUAAUGGACAUCAAGUCUGAAAGCGGACUGAGGGUCUUGGCCAUUAACAUAUUAGGUCGCUUCCUUCUUAACAAUGACAAAAAUAUAAGAUAUGUGGCAUUGACAUCUCUACUAAAGACCGUACAAACGGACCACAAUGCAGUGCAGAGACAUCGGAGCACCAUUGUGGAUUGUUUAAAAGACCUGGACGUGUCCAUCAAGAGACGUGCAAUGGAACUGAGCUUUGCGCUUGUGAACGGCAACAACAUUAGAGGCAUGAUGAAAGAGCUGCUCUACUUCCUGGACUCCUGUGACCCUGAAUUCAAAGCAGACUGUGCAUCAGGAGUGUUUCUAGCUGCUGAGAAAUAUGCUCCUUCAAAAAGAUGGCACAUAGACACCAUUAUGAGAGUCCUGACAACCGCAGGGAGCUACGUGCGAGACGACUCCGUUCCUAACCUCAUCCAGCUCAUCACAAACAGCGUGGAGAUGCACGCCUACACAGUACAGAGACUUUACAAAGCUCUGCUGGAUGACAUCUCACAGCAACCUCUAGUGCAGGUAGCAUCCUGGUGCAUAGGAGAGUAUGGGGACCUGCUUGUGUCUGGGCAGUGUGAAGAGGAGGAGCCUAUCCAGGUGACUGAGGAUGAGGUUCUGGACGUGCUGGAAGGCCUCCUGGUGUCCAACCUGUCCACACCUGUGACCCGGGGUUACGCCCUUACAGCUAUCAUGAAGCUGUCUACUCGCUUCACUAGUGUAAAUCGAAUCAAGAAGGUGGUCUCGAUAUAUGGCAGUAGCAUCGAUGUGGAGCUUCAGCAGAGAGCUGUGGAGUACAAUGCGCUUUUCAAGAAAUACGACCAUAUGAGGCCAGCUCUCUUAGAGCGAAUGCCCAUUAUGGAGAAAACUGCUUCUAAUGGCCCCACAGAGAUUGUACAGACUAAUGGGGAGGCUGAGCCGUCUGUUGUGGAAGCAAAACAUCCACCACCCGUCACCCAGCCAACCAACCAGGCUAAUGAUUUAUUAGACUUGCUGGGUGGUAACGAUGUGGUGCCGGUAAUUCAGACCACUGUGCCCACUAAGCCAGCUUCAGCAGGAGGAGAGCUGCUUGAUCUACUGGGUGACCUCUCACUUAGUGGCGGUCCAGCCCCUGCUCCUGCAACCUCAGUGCCCUCUUCCCAACCCGCUUUCCUCUUGGAUGGCCUCACCUCACCGCCCCUUUUUAAUGACAUUGCAGCUGCAGGUAUCCCUCCUAUGACGGCGUACAACAAGAAUGGCCUGAAAAUAGACUUUACAUUUGAGAGAGCUAACCCCAACCCCAACAUCGCGGUUAUCACUAUCCACGCAUCCAACUCGACAGAAGCAGACAUGACCGAUUUUGUUUUUCAGGCUGCAGUACCAAAGACAUUCCAGCUGCAGCUUCUUUCCCCUAGCAGUAAUGUCGUCCCAGCACUUAACCAGGGAACUGUCACACAGGUCAUCAGAGUACUCAACCCACAGAAGCAACAACUACGAAUGAGGAUCAAGCUGACGUACACCCACAAAGGCUCGGCUGUGCAAGACCUGGCUGAGGUUAAUAACUUCCCCCCUCAGUCCUGGCAGUGAUGAGCUGCUCCUGUUGCUCUCAAAAGCCCCAAGCAAGGGAACUAUGAAAACGAUUUUCCUUUCACCUCCCACCUUUCUUCCAACGGCCCCCCGUGACAUCAGUGCAGACAGAUGCCCUCAAGUUGCAUGGGGAGCAGCAAAGCAUUGUAUACAGGAGAAAAAUGCAGAUGUUACGAAGACCCUAUUGACUAUUGACAUCACACGAAUAAUUGGGUAAACAUAUCAAUCAAUGAACUUUUCUUAUUUGUUUUUCUUAAUUGGUUUCCUGAUCUCUUUGAUUAGUAUGUUUCUCUCACACACACCCUUUGCCCGGCACCGACAUCACCCACAAAAGCACACACGCACACCAUUCACUGUGGUACACUUUACUUCUCUAGUCACUGUAGAAGAAAAGUGUUGCCCACUAAUAAGCACUGCAGUAACCAUAGUUUUAUUUGGACUUGCAGGUGGAAACCCUGCUCCCUUGAUACUUAUGAUUGGCUUUGCAUUUGGGUGUUUUACCUAUGAACCUUCAAUCCUACAAAGGCAGCAGGAAAAAAAAAGCUUUGAAAGGUCUAUUCACUGCAGUCACACACUUGUUGGGUAACCUCGUUUUUGAUCCGCCACAUCAUGAGUGAUAUAACUUGUCAGAGUUGUAUUCAUUUUGAAUUACAUUAAUUUGCUUAAAGCAUGUUUGAGCAUCGUUAGGAUCACAAUCACACCUGGACUUCGUCUUUUCCGACUCUGACUGUAGGCCUCUUUAUCCUAUGUUUCUAUAGGGAAUCGUCUGCGUUAGUUUGUCACAUUAAGAACAAACAGAUCCAAGAUGCUCACUUUGAUCACCUGUGGCUAAUUUCAUAGAACCUGCUCAGCUCUUAUCACAUCUGUAGUAAAGCAGCAGCUUUUAGAUCAACGUAAAACAUUCAACUGUUCAUUGCUUUGCUUCGUCUGAGGGUGUUCAUUCGUUAGAGUGGAUAUAAUCCAGGCCUAAAAAUUGAUCUGAUAAUAAGUUUGUGUUUUUAAACUCUUCCUGCAUCUGUGUCCCGAGUCUAGAUGAGUUACAUUUCAGAUUUAUUUACCCUGGUUGAACGUGGUCACCAUGCACAUACAUGUAAAUUAAGCUUGUUAUGAAUGUAGUUACAUGCACUGAAUGCUUUUAUUUCCCCUUAAUUCUUUUUUUUCAUGUCUUCUUUGAUGGGGAUGCUCAUCUUACUGGCACUAUUUGUGUGAAAGUCUGUUUAUCUCUGCAGUAAUUUGACUUAAUUUAUGCCUGAUAUCAAAGUGAUGUGCCUUUCUGACUUAGCUAGAUAAAAGCCCCUGAAUUUAUUGAGUUCUGUAUGAGCUUUGUUUGUAAGUCUGCUUGUGUGAUGGUCCUGUUUUCAAUCUGAGGGGGUAAAUGGUCCCGGUGGAU